GUCGCUGGGGCAGAUCUCCGAAGAAGAGUGAAGAGUGGCUGUUUUACGUUGGAUCAGUUUCACUGUGUUUUUGGUUGUUUUUUUCGCCCUUGUCGUCUUAUAUUUUCUGGUUAAGAUUUUGCCAACUCUUGUUCCAGGAUGGUAAAAGUGUCUUUUAACACCGCCCUGGCACAGAAAGAUGUGAAAAAGGACGCAGAGACUCUUAUUCCCGAGGAGGACAAAGAUGCAGAGGCGGCUCUGCCAGUCCGUCACCAGUCCUGUAACUGGUGCUGGUACCUGUGCCCCGCCCUCAUGCUGGCUGCACUGGUGGUUGCAGGAGCCUACGUGUACCACUAUCACAUCCAGGAGGUGAGCAGCCAUCAUGACUGGGACUCUGAGGAGGGUCAGGUGUUCACGUGUGGGGUCGGGUACCUUGAGGAGAACUACAUGAUCCCAGAGGAAGAGGAGGUGGAAGUUGAGCUGCCAAACCAGUUCCACCUGCGUCAGCUCGAAGAGACGAUCCGGGUGCUGGAGACCGAUCAGGUGGAGCUCAUCAACGUCCCUGUGCCAGAGUUUGACGGCGGAGACCCCGCAGACAUCGUCCAUGACUUCCAGCGGAGGUUGACCGCCUACCUGGAUCUGAGUCUGAACAAGUGCUACGUCAUCCCGCUCAACACCUCCAUCGUCAUGCCCCCUAGAGACCUUCUGGACCUGCUUGUCAAUGUUAAGGCCGGCACCUACCUGCCUCAGUCCUACCUGAUCCAUGAGGAGAUGAUAGUCACAGAGCGUCUUCAGCACGUAGAACAGCUUGGAUACUUCAUCUACAACCUCUGCCAAGGCAAAGACACCUACAAGCUGCAGCGCAGGGACAGAAUCCUGGGUAUGCAGAAGCGUGAAGCUCAGAACUGCUUCAAGAUUCGCCACUAUGAGAAGUUUGUGGUGGAGACUAAGAUCUGUGAGCCUUAGGACACCCGUGGCCACACACCUGCUCUUAAAGCCACUGGUGUGCAGUGAGGUUGUGUUUCUCUUCCUCACCUGUCUUCUCUUUCCACUGUCCUGCACUUCAGAUAGAUUGAGUGGGUGAGGGGAGCGAAAUGUGAAGAGGAUUGUUUGAUUAAAAGGGGAGAGUUUUGUAUUUUUUCACUUGCACGGUGGGGUUUUCUGGUAUCUUUAAUUACUGAAAAUUGCUACGAGUCAGCUGAGCUUCAAAAAAUAAAUUAUUUUAAUCAAAAUAACCAAUAGCACAGACGUUUAUUAUAACGUAGAUUAAUAUCAAGCCUUUUUCUGUCAGACUAAACAUGUUGAAGGCAGCUUUUGUUCCACUCGUCCUGGUUCAAAAAUCAGGGAAGCUUGGCUUUGGGGUGUGUUAUGUCUGUCUAUGCUGUAGCUGAUCUUACACUUUCUCAACUGGAAAAUGAUUUUACAAUAAAAGUGUGGAUGUGUGUUUCUGUGGUUUAGCUUUAAAAACAAGUUUAUACAGUACAGUUACAGGAAAACAUUUUUUUUGAAUGUGUAAUUUUUUGGAUAACUCUUUUUAACUAAUUUGUGUAUAUAAUCUCUAGAAACAGACCAACACAAUAAAUGACAAACCACAAUUGGA